ACAGAGCGGCGGCGAGAGGGGCGAGCGAAAGAACUCCUUCAGUCAGUCGAGCGCGAGCGCAGUGACAGUAACGUUGUGUGGUUACGCUGUGGACUUACCGAUACAUCCGUUAGACAUUCUAGUGGCCAAGAUGACGGUGGAAGUGUGUACACGGGUGGGUGUGCGGGUGUCAGCCACCCCUGGGGCUAUGAAGGACGAGUCUCAGCCUGGAGGUGGAACAUCUCCAGCCCAUGAGACUUCAGAGGCGCCCACGCCGAGGCCAAAGUUUAUGAUCACAGACAUCCUCGCUCAACACAAGCCACCCACUCCAGCCCACAGCGAGUGCUCUGCACCGCCCACGCCUACCAUUGAAGAACCGAAAGACCUGAGCCUUACCCGCCCACAUCCCGAAGAUGAAGACAUAGAUCUCGAGGGCGACGCCAGUCAUGACGAGGACGACCCCGAUAGCCAUGAGACAGAGAACAAUGAGGGAUGCUCCGACGGCUCCGGGCCCCCGCCGCUCAAGAAGCAGCGCAAGGCCCGCACCGCCUUCACAGACAACCAGCUGCAGACGCUGGAGAAGAGCUUCGAGCGGCAGAAGUACCUGAGCGUGCAGGACCGCAUGGAGCUGGCGGCCAAGCUCAACCUCACCGACACGCAGGUCAAGACGUGGUACCAGAACAGAAGGACAAAGUGGAAGCGCCAGACAGCCGUAGGCCUGGAAUUGCUUGCCGAGGCUGGCAACUACGCCGCCGUACAGCGUCUCUACAGCGCCCCGUACGGGUGGCCGUACCCGCCCCAGCCGUCCGCCGCGGCCGCCGCCCUCCAGAAGCCCUUGGCCUACCGCCUGUACCCGCCCGGCCUGCCCAUCCUGCCGCCCGUGCCCGCCUCAGACCCCCUCCGCGACGCCCUCAGACCAGAGGCGCUCAGACCCGAAGCCAUCAGACCCGAAGCGAUCCGCCCUGAGCUCCGCCACGACGCCCUCCGACACGAGAUCCUCCGCCAGGACCUCCGCUCCGAAACCCUGCGGCCGGAGGCUCUGCGACCGGACGUCCUGCGGUCCCUGGCCUGCUCCAUGUCCGGCGGCUCGACCCUGACUGUUUAUAGCCAUAUUGGCCCCUGUUUACAAAUAUAUAGUGACAAUGCCUAA